UUAAGAAAAUAUAUAAAAUGCAUCACAGUGUAGCAGCAUCUCUCCUCCUAUGUUUAUUACUCACCAUCGUAGAGUGUAAACUGACUUGUAUAGGAGAUAAUGGACAACCUGUUGAUAUGUUCAUACUAUACAAGCUUCCACGUAUACAUUGGUAUACAGUUCCACCUUUAGUAAAUGAUGGACAUGGCUACGCUUAUCUGGAUUCAAACACCAAAACGUUUAAACUAUCUCAAAGUUCUAUUGCAAGUGAUCACAGUGCUGCUGGAAACACGUUGGAUCAAGUCUAUAGAAAGUACACUGUGGGUAAACAGUAUCGUAAGGAUGGUAACCAAUACCUUGAUGGACCGACAGACCAAGCGCAUGUUUUUUAUAACGAUGAAGACCCUGAAGGGAAAGAACAUUUCAGUUUUGCUCACAGCAAAGGAGCACUAGCAUUUAAUGAAGAAUCUGGUUUUUGGUUGAUUAACAGUGUACCAAAAUAUCCACCUGCUGCUUCUGAAGGUUAUGAUUAUCCUCAUAGUGGUUGUAUGUAUGGACAGAUGUUUAUGUGUGUCACAUUCAAUUCGUCUGCAUUUAAUGACAUUGGGUUGCAACUUCGUUAUAAUCAUCCUCAUGUUCAUGAUGCUAAUUUACCAAAAGGUUGGGUUGACCAGUUUCCUAACAUGGAUAAGUUGUUAAAUGAUGAUGUGAUCAGAGAAGCACCUUAUUCGCAUCGUGCUUUCUUAAAAUCUCUCGCUGGAGUUGACUAUCAACAUUUUGCGAAAACAAAUGACUUUCACAAAGAUCUUUACCAUGAGCUGGUUGCACCUGGUUUACAGACGAAUAUAUUGACAGAAACAUGGCAACAUGGUCAUAACAUUGGACCGUCUUGUGAUGGUGAUUAUACAGUAGAAGAUAUUUCUGAUGUCAACGUCACCUUACCUGUCCAGAAAUUUCCUUUUUUAAACACACACGAUCAUUCGAAGUUUGUUGUCGCAAAAUCCUUAUCGCAACCGUAUGUGUGUGUAGGCGAUAUUAACAGACAGCCGUCACAGUUUAAACGAGGUGGAGGAACGCUUUGCACGAAAGAUUUCAAAUUAUGGAGUGUUUUUCACAACUUAGUUGCUAACACAACGAAGUGUACAAACCAUGUCUGAUCGUAUCGUCAGAUUUUUUUGUAGAUAUUUUUUAGAAUUUGUAAAAUGAAUUUUAAAUUUUUUACUGUGAUUCCAGUUAAUUAAUUUGGGUUGGGCGAAUUUUUUAAAAAAAAAUUUAAUAUUUUGUUUGUUCAGGCGUCA